AUGGAGAGUGAAAAUGAUGAAUCAUGGGAAUGGUUUUUCAAGCAACUCAGUUGUAUUAUACCAGAUGACGGAGGCCUUGCCAUUAUAUCCGACAGACACAAAUCAAUUGGGAAAGCAAUAAAAACAGUUUAUCCGAAGGCUAGCCGUGGAAUAUGCACUUACCACCUGUACAAGAAUAUAUUAGUCCGUUUUAGAGGCCAAGAAGCAUUUGGUUUAGUAAAGAAGGCAGCUGAUGCUUUCAGGCUAGUCGAUUUCCACACCACUUUUAAUCAGAUUGAAGCGUUGAACCCUGCUCUCCAUGAUUACCUUGAAAGAGGUGAUGUACGCCAGUGGACACGGGUACACUUCCCUGGCGAUAGGUACAAUUUGCUCACAAGCAACAUUGCAGAAUCAAUGAAUAAGGUGAUGUCACAUGCCAGAGGAUUUCCUAUUGUGGAACUGUUAGAAACAAUUAGGUCUAUGAUGACUAGAUGGUUUUCAGACCGAAGGAAUGAUGCACUUAAAAUGAAUACAUCCCUAACACGUGGAGUAGAGAAAAUUCUACAGAGUCGAGUUGACUAUGCUAAAUUGCUCAAUGUUCAAGAUAUAGAUGCACAUCAAAUACAAGUGACAAGUGCAUCGUCUCUCCAUGUUGUUAAUGUAAAAGACAAAAAAUGCACGUGUUGUAGGUUUGACUUGGAGAAAUUGCCAUGUGCACAUGCAAUUGCAGCAGCUGAGCAUCGCAAAGUUUCUCGCAUUUCAAUGUCACACCCUUAUUUUUACACGAACUACUUGUACAGUUCCUAUGAAAAUACCAUCAUGCCAAGAGAUUUUGCACAAUCUGUUCCUGAAGCUGUGGCGAAGGACGUUUGUUUACCACCUAUACCUCGACAACAAGCAGGAAGGCCAAAGAAUUCGAGGAUUAAAUCUGCAUUGGAGAUUGCUAUGGAAAAGAAAAAGCCAAGAAAGCUAUAUACAUGUGGAAAUUGCAAUCAAGUAGGACAUAAUCGCAAGACAUGUACUUCAUAG